GCCCCAUGACCGGAAGUUCCUUUGCAACCCGGUGACGUAAGAAUCUCCUUUUUGCAUUUUCUUGCGCGCUAAAAAAAGGAAAUAACCGUGCUCCCAACGUGCGGUAAGUUUAUUGUCAGAGAGGAGCGGAGACAUGGACACAUCUCAGUUGUGUAAGCUGUUCGUAGGAGGCCUCAAUGUCCAGACCACAGAGGCCGGCCUCAGGAGUCACUUCGAGGGUUAUGGCACCCUGACGGACUGUGUGGUGGUGGUGAACCCGCUCACUAAACGUUCCCGCUGCUUCGGCUUCGUCACCUUCGCCAACGCCGAGGAAGCAGACGCCGCCGUCACCGCCUCCCCACACGUAGUGGACGGUAACAACGUGGAGCUGAAGAGGGCCGUGUCCCGGGAGGACUCCACUAGGCCUGGGGCCCACGCCAAAGUCAACAAGCUGUUCGUGGGGGGGCUGAAGGCGGACAUCGAGGAGGAGCACCUCCAGGAGCAUUUCUCCCAGUUCGGCCCCGUAGACAAGGUUGAGAUCAUCGCCGACAAAGGCACCGGUAAGAAGCGCGGCUUCGGCUUCGUUCAUUUCGCCAACCACGACGCUGCAGACAAGGCGGCCGUGGUGAAGUUCCACCCCAUCAAUGGGCACCGCGUGGAGGUGAAGAAGGCCGUGCCCAGGGAGGACAUCGGGCAGGGUGCCGGAGCCAAGUCAUACCGGGGCGGAGGCCGGGGGAGAGGAGGCUCGGCUAACGGCUUUUCCGGGGAGAGGGAAGGCUAUGCUGGCGGCUAUGAGGCCUACGGAGGGGGCUACAACUCCUAUGGAGGAUUCGGGGAGCAGAGCGCCUAUGGUGGUGACGGUUAUAACGGCUUCGGGAACUAUUCUCAGCACAUGUCCGCCUAUGGGCCCAUGAAAGGUGCGGGACCAACCACCUGGGGGCGCAAUAGCAGCACAGGCCCUUACCAAGGAGCUGGGGGCUAUGGCUCUUACGGCUCCUACUGAACACCCCCCAUCCCCCCAAUGACUGAGCCAUGAAUGGACGAUGUCUAAGCUUUUUUUUUUUUUUUGUUCCUUUAUUUUUUACCUACCACAAGACCUGGUUGUUUCACUCGUCUGGAUCACCAUUUGGCCAGGCAUUGUUUUUUUUCAAUGUCUUCUCAUCCUGACCUGUAUUCUAUUGCCAUUUGAUCAUUGCUAAACCACAUCUUGGACAUAGACUUCCGCUAAGGAGUCAGGAGUCCUUUGUUUUGUUCAUGACUUUACCGAAUGGCCUAUCGGUCUGGAUUGUGUUUGUUACCCUUUAAACUUCCGGUUAUCUGAAAAUCCAAGAUUUUUUUUUUCUAUGACAUAUAUAAUGUUCAUUUAACUGCGUAGGAUUUGUGCAUUUGGUUUGUCCUUAUUUUUAAUAAAAACCAAACUGUUUUAAGAUUA